AUAAUUGUCAAAAUCAGCUGUUUCCUUUCAAAAUGUUGAAGUUCAAAGAAGUUUGGUUAUGUAGUCAAUUUUGUAUUAUUCCAAGUAUUUCUUAAAGUCCCACAAAUAUGAGUUCAAUAACCAACUCCGAAGCCUCAACUUCCACAUUUGAUAACGGCCUGACACUCGAAUUUGGUCCGUUGGAAACUGUUCAUCGGUGGAAUCGCAUGCCCGAAUGUGACGAGUUUGUGGGCGCUCGUCGUAGCAAGCAUACUGUCGUCGCGUACAAAGAGGCCAUAUACGUUUUCGGCGGAGAUAACGGCAAGUGCAUGCUGAAUGAUCUUUUGCGAUUCGACGUGAAGGAAACCUCAUGGGGUCGUGCGUUUGCGACCGGUAGCCCUCCUGCACCUCGCUAUCAUCACUCGGCAGUUGUGUAUAAUACAUCUAUGUUCGUGUUUGGUGGAUAUACAGGCGAUAUUCAUUCAAAUUCGAAUUUGUCGAAUAAGAACGAUCUCUUUGAGUAUAAAUUUUAUACAGGACAAUGGGUGGAAUGGAAAUUUGUCUGUAGAACGCCCGUGCCGAGAUCCGCACAUGGUGCUGCGGUGUAUGACAGCAAACUUUGGAUUUUCGCCGGUUAUGAUGGGAACGCGAGAUUGAAUGAUAUGUGGACAAUCUCGUUAAAUGAUGACAGUCGCUGUUGGGAAGAAGUCGAGCAGACAGGCGAAUGCCCACCUACCUGUUGCAACUUCCCAGUAACGGUGGCGCGCGAAUGCAUGUUUGUGUUUAGUGGACAGAGCGGGGCAAAAAUUACAAACUCCCUCUUCCAAUUCAAUUUCAAAACGAAAACCUGGACGCGUAUAUCCACCGAGCACAUCUUGAGAGGUGCACCGGCGCCUCCGGCAAGACGCUACGGUCACACGAUGGUCGCUUUCGAUCGACAUCUGUACGUUUUUGGCGGUGCGGCCGACAGCACCCUAUCGAAUGACCUGCACUGUUUCGAUCUCGAUUCCCAGGUAUGGUCCGUCGUGCUGCCGGCCUGCGACUCCGUUGUUCCAUCCGGAAGACUGUUCCACGCCGCCGCCGUUGUUGGAGACGCUAUGUUCAUAUUCGGCGGUACGGUCGACAAUAACGUACGAAGCGGCGAAAUGUACCGCUUUCAAUUUUCGAACUAUCCCAAAUGUACGCUGCACGACGAUUAUGGUAAAAUUCUCGAAUCCAAAGAGGUCUGCGAUGUGCAGUUUACAGUGGGAGCCGAAGAGAAGAAGAUUUUGGCGCACACCGCUUUGGUCGCUGCCAGAUCACUUUAUUUGCGUAAUAAAGUCAGGCAGGCGAAAGAAAGUCGAGAUCGCCACUUAGAGAAGCUCUUUGGUACAAACAAGGUGGCGUUCACCGACGUCCCCCUACUUGAGGUGAAAUUAAAAGAGGCCAAUCCUGAAGCUUUUGAAAUGGUUUUAAAUUAUAUCUACAUGGAUUGUAUCGAUCCCACAAAAAAGGCCAAACAACGCGACGAUCCUCUAGGCAAUUGCAUUGUAUUGCUAAUGAUGGACGUUUAUAGAUUAGCCGUACAAUUUGAAAUGGGCAGGCUGGAACAUUUAUGUGUUCAAUAUUUAGAAGCAACGAUAUGUUUGAAAAACGUCCUGGAAGCUUUACAUAAUGCCCACAAGUUAGAAUUGGACUUUAUUAAAGAGUUUUGUUUACGUUUUAUCGUGAAAGAUGCUAAUUACAACUCGAUUGUUAUGAGUAAGGAAUUUGAAAAUUUGGAUAGAGGACUAAUGGUGGAGAUAAUCAGAUUAAAGCAGUCGCCACAGUCGAAAGUGGUGUAUGAAAAUUCCCUCGAUACGAGCGGCUCUUCUUUAGAAGAGGAUAUGGCAAUGUUUCUUCGAACGACUGGCAAAGAAUUCUGUGACAUUGACCUUGUGCUGGAUGGAACUGUGAUUUCGGCACAUAAAACCAUUCUGGCGGCGAGAUGCGCGUACUUCGAGGGAAUGUUCAGGUCUUUCAUGCCUCCUGACAAUCGAGUUAGGAUACAAAUCGGUGAAAUGACACCGUCGCAGGAAGCCUUCGACUCGCUGUUACGUUACAUUUAUUACGGAGACAUCAGUAUGCCGCCGGAAGAUUCUCUGUAUCUGUUUUCCGCCCCAUUCUUUUACGGCUUUACGAAUAAUCGCUUGCAGGCGUUUUGCAAGCAAAACUUGGAAAUGAACGUAACAUUCGAGAACGUUAUUCAAAUCUUAGAAGCGGCGGACAGAAUGCAGGCGAUGGACAUGAAAAAGUACGCUUUGGACCUAAUCGUUCAUCACUUUACGAAAGUCGCCAAGUUGCCCAGGCUGAAGGUGCUGAGUAAAGAACUCAUUUUGGAUAUUUUAACUGCAUUAGCCAACGACAUGAGUGACCCUAAGAUGUGCCAAGAUGUUUCCUCAAUUAGUUUAAGCAGUGACAGUUAACAUUUUGUAAUGUAAAAGAUUAGGAUAAGUACCCUACUUAAGGUAGGUACAAACCAUUGAAAAAGCACACAGUAGAACUCUGACGUAGGUAAUACCUCUGACUCUUUGGAAUGAUUAACUGGCGUUAGUUUGUACGAAACUAUUACAUCGCAGCGUUCUAUAGAGGUUGGUUUUUACGGAACACGCGUCACAUUCCUAUUUGUGUGUUCUUUUCUGGUACGACUGAAUAGAUUCAAAGGAAAACACAGGAAGACUGUUAGAUUGAAGUGAUAAUAAAGUACUAUAACUACGCAACGA